AUGGAUGUGUGCUACGAAAAUCUGGACAAAAAACCAAUCGUGCCACUCGCAUCUCGCAAGCUGCCCCAAACAACGAAAACGACCCGACGACCAGCGAGAUCUAGAGAUGGGAAGACGCCCCUGCAGCAACACCGAAAGAUGUACUACAUCUGGUUCUUCGCCAACAUGGCUUGGGCCAUUCUAGCUUUCCCCUUAGGAGUGGCAUCUAUCGCUCUCGCUCGGAACUACCAGAUGUAUCGCGACCAGAUGGACCACGCCUUGGAAUGGAAAGAAAGGUGGGCCCACUCCACGAAGCCAGUGCCAGCGCUGCGUCGUUCUGGUGGCGGCGUCGCCUCCACGUCCACGAGAGUAUCCGAGGUGUCGUACCGGGAGUCGAGUGAGUGUCGUAAGCCGCGAGUGCUUCCGGAGUCACCCUGGAAGCCGCCUUUUACGGAUCCCAUUGAAGACUACCCCGCGGCUGAGCUGGUAGAGGGUCCAAUCUUCUGCAUCUUCAACCACAGUAGCUACAAGAGAGACAAAGAGUGGGCCUUUCGCACGGGUCUCGUCAACGGUCGACUCUGCACGCACGUCGUCUACGCUUCCGCAAGAGUCACCGGAGACGAACUGGCCAGCGCCGAUCCCGGCUUCGAUCUGGUCAAGGAGGGCUUCAAGAACUUGGCCCUUCUCAAGACAAAGUACCAGCACCUGAGAGUUCUCGUGUCUUUCGGCGAGUACGAGAGGGGCAGCGCGAACUUAAGUAUGCUCGCCUCAUCGGCGGUGCGAAGGGCCAAGUUCUCGCAGAAUGUGUUGUCCUGGCUGACCGAAAACGAUUACGACGGAGUGCACGUCCAUUGGACGGUCGCGGAUGCCGGAAGCUGCGGGUCUCCGCACGACGCUACAUGGCUAUCGAAGCUCGUCGACAAGCUGAGGUCGACCCUGUCGCGCAACUACACGAUUGCGCUGACGAUGCCGCCGUUCAAGGCUCGGAGGCACGGUUACGCGUUAGAGGACCUCGUGGCUAAUGUCGACUACUUGAUCGUCCGGACGCACGACAUUCACGGUCCUUAUGAGAACGCGACGCACUGCGCGUCGCCCUACAACAGCGAAGGGCCGUCUCUGACCAGCGUGCUCAGUGACGUCGUCGAAGACGUGCCUCCGUACACUACGCAGAAGAUCUGCUUCAGCCUGUCCUUAGCCGCACUGUCGUUUCGUUUCGGCUAUGCGAACUCCCCAAACAGGGACUCGACGCCCGCAAAAGUUCUCGGACCAGGCGUCGAAGGAAACGUCACUCGCACCAGAGGUCGCAUGGCCUUCUACGAGGUGUGCACGCUCGGCGACCAGAGCGCGUACUUAGACUUCAAGGAGAUUUGCUCCUACAAGAGGUUCGCGAAUAAUUGGAUUGGUUACGAAAGUCCCACUUCGCUGUCGUCGAAAAUUUCCGAGAUAUUCAGAAGGCUUAAGAUAUACUGCGUCGUAAUGUGGGACAUUGAUAUGGACGACGCGAAAGGGACGUGUGGGUUAGGUCGCACGCCUCUCCUGGCGUCUGUCCAUAAGGAACUCGUGAUUGCCUCCACGCAUAACCGAGCUGCUUCAACACAGGAAUCACUGUAA